UCAGGAGGCGCUGGAAGCCGUUUGGUUCAUCCCCACGUUCACAGAUUAUCUGCUCAGUGCAGCAGUCCCGUCAGCACCUGAACCGCCAUAAUCCCUUUGGAAAGGGUAUUGGAUAUAUAUAUAUAUACACAUAUAUAUAUAUAUAUAUUAUAUAUUUAUGGCAUUGGAUACUGCCCUGCUCAAAUCGAAAGGGGACGGUGCGGGACUUAACGAAACAUUUCACAGGCAUCCCUCACAAGAAGAGCCAUGGGUGUGAGCAAAGUGGACAUAAGUAGGCUAUGAUUCCCCGGAAUCCUCUUUAGGAAUGGAGCCGUCUCGGAGGUCUCAGGGACCGCAGGGCUGAAGAAGACGUGUCCUCUGGAUCGCUCUCCUCCUGCAGACCGUUCUGUGGUUUCGUGGCGCAUCGACUCGUUUCCAUUAGUUGUGCGUCGCGCUGCAUGGCUGCACCAUGGCCACGCUAGUGUGCAGGGUCCAGUUCCUGGAUGAUACCGAUCCCUUCAACAGCACUAGCUUCCCCGAGCCCAGCAGACCUCCGCAGUACUCGUUCAGGGAAGAGAUUCCCCUGAUCAACCAGAUCGCUGGAGUUCACCGGCUUCUCAAAGCCCCUCACAAGCUUGAUGACUGCGCCCUCCAGCUGUCCCACAAUGGGAGCUACCUGGACCUGGACUCUACCCUGGCCGAGCAGAGGGACGAGCUGGAGGGCUUCCAGGUGGACGGAGGAGCGGCUGAAUGCCAGGAUACCCUGUGCAGAAGUCGAAGGAGAGGCAAGAAGCACAGCAUCGUGCUGCGCAUGCAGCUGUCUGUCCGAGUCCACGCCUGCAUCGAGAAGCUGUACAACUCCAGCGGCAGGGAGCUCCGCAGAGCCCUGUUCUCCCUCAAGCAGAUCUUCCAGGACGACAAGGACCUGGUCCAUGAGUUUGUGAACGCUGAAGGUCUGACCUGUCUGAUCAAGGUGGGGGCGGAGGCCGACCAGAACUACCAGAACUACAUCCUCAGAGCACUGGGUCAGAUCAUGCUGUAUGUGGAUGGGAUGAACGGUCUCAUCACUCAUAACGAGACGGUCCAGUGGCUCUACACCCUCAGCGGGUCAAAGUUCCGCCUGGUGGUGAAGACGGCCCUGAAGCUGCUGCUGGUGUUCGUGGAGUACACGGAGACCAACGCCGCGCUGCUCAUCAAGGCCGUGGCCGCCGUCGACUCCAAGAGAGGCACCAAGCUGUGGAGGAACGCCACGGAGGUCCUGGAGGAGAAGGACGGCGUGGACACAGAGCUGCUGGUCUACACCAUGACUCUCCUGAACAAGACUCUGGCCGGGCUGCCGGACCAGGACUCGUACUACGACAUGGUGGACAGCCUGGAGGAGCAGGGCAUGGAGGGCGUGGCCCAGAGACACCUGAGCAGGAGGGGCACCGACCUGGACCUGGUGGAGCAGUUCAACAUCUACGAGACGACCCUGCGUGGCGAGGACGGUGAUGAAGGCGGCCCAGCGGGGGGCAGCGGCCGUAAGCAGCGCCGCAGGGCCAGUGUGGGCGGAGCCGGCAUGGGCGUGGCCAGUGUGGGCGUGGCCAGCGACCCGCAGGGGGCGGAGCGGAGGCGCAGCCGGAGACACUCCCUGCAGAGUGGGCGGGGCCACUCCUCGGCCCCCGCCUCGCCCUGCAGCAGCGCCAGCUUCCUGUCCUUCGGGGGGCGUGUCCCGGACGUCUCUGAGAGGAUAAUCGGGAACGGUACGCCGUACCCGGGACGGCACCAGUGCCUGGCCAGCGCUCCGACCACGCCCCCCCGCCGCUUCAACGCCAGCGCCCCGCCCACGCCUGAGGCCACGCCCGACAGACCUUCUUUAGGAGAUCUGCUCUCCUCCUCGUACCGCCAGCAUCAGGAGACCCUGACCGCAGAGAGAGAGAGGAGGCGUCACGACCGAGAGGAACGCCUGCAGCGGAUCGCGUGGGAAGAAAGGAACCGCCUGAAUCAAGACUUUAUUGAGAAGAGGGGAGAGAGCCGUCCGACCGGGGAAGAGAGGGUCAAAGCAGCUGAGCGGGUGGAGGGUCUUCCCAGACCACCAAUCAGAGGGCGGACAGAGAUCACGCUGUGUCUGAGCUCCAACCCCAGCAGUCGCUGUGUGUCUCGAUGCACGACACCGUCCCCUGUCGCCUCCCCUUCACGUGUCUCAUCCUUACCCGUCUCCCCCUCACCUGUCAUCUCCCCCUCACCUGUUGUCUCCCCCUCACAUGUCUCACCCACACCUGUCGUCUCCCCCUCACGUGUCGCCCGCCCAUCACCUGUCGUCUCCCCCUCACCUGUCUCCCCUUCCCCUGUCGCCUCCCCCUCACCUUUUUCCCCCUCACCCGUCUCCCCCUCACCUGUCGUCUUCUCUUCACGUGUCUUCCCCUCACCCGUGGUCUCAGCGGUAUCCAGAGUCACCAGCUCCUGCUGCUCAUCAGCUCUGGUAGCGGAGUGUGUCUCUCAAGUGGCCCUGGAGUCUUCUCCAAUAGGUCCGCAAGCACCAGCCUCAGAACCUCCUCCUCCUUCAGAACCAGCAGACGGGCAGCAGACGGACCCUCGGGAGCCGCCUGCUGAGGCUGAGGACGGGACUGAGGUCCAGACGGAGGUCCAGACGGAGGUCCAGACGGAGGUCCAGACUGACGUCCAGACUGAGGAGAGCGGAGCUCCACUCCCAGGGUCUGACGAUGAGCUGUCAGGACCUCUGGAGGAGGAGGAGGAGGAGGAGGCACUAGAGGAGCAGCAACCGAAUGUGAAAGAGGCAGUGGUAGCAAAGGAGGAGGUCCAGGACAACGAGGUUCUGGGAGAAGCGAAGGAGGAGGUUGGCGGCUCGGAUCCAAUGGGAGCACAGCAGCAGCAGCAUGAGGAGGAGGAGGUUGGGUUAGAGGAGAAGCAGGAGAAGGUGGAGGAGGAGAAGGAGAAGGUGGAGGAGGAGAAGGAGAAGAAGGAGGAAGAAGAGGAGAAGGAGAAGGAAGAGAAGGAGGAGGAGAAGGAGGACAAGGUGGAGCAGGAGAAGGAGGAGAAGGAGCAUGCGGUGGAAAGGGACGUAGAGGAGAGCAUUCUGCUGAGCGAGAAGGAGCGACAGAACGAGGAGGUGAACGAGAAGGACAACUGCUCCGCCUCCAGCAUCUCGUCGGCCAGCAGCACCCUGGAGCGGGAGGAGCGGGAGGAGCGGGUCACCAGGGACAUCGAAGCAGGACCCUGGUCGGCGCGUCUGACGGACUCCAACGUCAACGAGCAGAGCAGCGGGAUCCUGAACAAGAAGCGCUUCAUGCUGGACAUGCUGUUCUCCCAGAGCGCCGGCACCGGCGGCGAGGGCGGAGCCGCCGUAGGCCCCGCCCAGACAGAGGAGGGGCGGGGCGACCAGGCCCCGCCCUCCACCAGCCUGGCCUCCCGGAUCUCCACCCUGGAGGCGCAUCGGCAGGCCCGGGAGGAGGGCCUGAGGAGGGUGGAGGUCGGGCCCCUGGAGAACCAGGGCAGCGUGCGGGCGACUGCCGAGCGCUUCGGGGACCUGGUGAAGGGCCUGAUGUCCCCCCCGGAGGCCGACACCCCCUCCAGGGAGCAGGCCCCGCCCCCCGCGGCCGGGGCCCCGCCCCCGCCCCCUAAGAAGGAGUCGGACUACAUCUGGGACCAGCUGAUGGCGGUCCCCCGGGAGCUGCGCAUCAAGGAGAUGGACUUCACCGACCUGGGGGAGGAAGACGACCAGGACAUCCUGGACCUGGACGGCGUGAUGGGCUCCGGCAGCCUCUCGGCCCCGCCCCCUCCGCCCCCGCCACCCCAAUACCCCUGUAACUCCGCCCCUCCCGCCCCGCCGCUGCCGCACGGCUGCCCCCCUCCACCCCCUCUCCAGACCCCGACGUCCGGGCCGGGCCGGGCGGGGGAGGCCCCGCUGUUCCAGAAGAAGAAGAAGACCAUCCGGCUGUUCUGGAACGAGGUGCGGCCGGCCGACCGGCAGUUCCAGAGCCACUCCAGCUGCCGGGAGUCGCUGUGGUCCAAGCUGGACCCGGUGAAGCUGGACACCUCCAAGCUGGAGCAGCUGUUUGAGUCCAAGUCCAAGGACCUCCCCGUCACCAAGAAAGCUGCCGUUGACGGCAAACGACAAGAAAUCAUCGUUCUGGACUCCAAGCGAAGCAACGCCAUCAACAUUGGCCUGACCGUGCUGCCGCCGCCCCGCACCAUCAAGACCGCCAUCCUCAACUUCGAUGAGUACGCCCUAAACAAGGAGGGCAUCGAGAAAAUCCUGACCAUGACCCCCAGCGAGGAGGAGAAGCAGCGGAUCCAGGAGGCCCAGCUGGGGAACCCCGAGGUGCCCCUGGGCAGCGCAGAGCAGUUCCUCCUCACGUUGUCCUCCAUCACCGAGCUGUCGGCCCGCCUGCAGCUCUGGGCCUUCAAGAUGGACUACGAGGUCAUCGAGAAGGAAGUGGCCGAGCCUCUUCAGGACCUGAAGGAAGGGAUGGACCAAUUAGAGAAGAACAAGACGCUGCGCUGCAUUCUGGGAACGCUGCUGUCCAUCGGCAACUUCCUGAACGGCACCAAUGCAAAGGGCUUCGAGCUGAGCUACCUGGAGAAGGUUCCGGAGGUGAAGGACACGGUCCACAAGCAGUCGCUCCUCCACCACGUCUGCUCCAUCGUGGUCGACAAGUUUCCAGAGAGUUCCGACCUGUAUUCUGAGAUUGGCGCCAUAACUCGCUCGGCAAAGGUGGAUUUUGACCAGCUCCAGGAUAAUCUGGUCCAGAUGGAGCGACGGUGCAAAGCAUCCUGGGACCACCUGAAGGUCAUCGCCAAACACGAGAUGAAGCCAGCGCUGAAGCAGAAGAUGUCGGACUUCCUGAAAGACUGCGCCGAGAGAAUAAUCAUCCUGAUGAUCGUACAUCGGAGAAUAGUCAAUAGGUUCCACGCCUUCCUGCUGUUCCUGGGGCACCCCACCUACGCCAUCCGCAAGGUCAGCAUCCACCGCUUCAGCAAGAUCCUGAGCGAGUUCGCACUGGAGUACCGCACCACGCGGGAGAGGGUGCUACAGCAGAGGCAGAAGAGGGCCAACCACCGCGAGAGGAACAAGACCCGCGGGAAGAUGAUCACUGACAGCGGCAAGUUCAGCGGGGCGGGGUCCGAGGGCCCGCUGGAGGGCCUCCGCAGCGCCCAGGACGAGGCCGAGCACGAGAACAUGAAGGCCGUCCUGAGGAGCGGCGGGGGGGCCGGCGGCGAGGGCGGGGGCUCGGCCGUCCCGGGGCUGAGAGGACGAACCCGGGCCUGCAGCACCAGAGGGCGCGUUCCUCUGUGGGAUUCGGCCAGCGAAGACCCGGUCAACGGCACCGACGACACGGCCGACGAGAUCAUGGACCGGAUCGUGCGCUCGGUCACCCAGGUGCCCGGCCCGCGCACGGCCCCCCGCGAAAGGAGGCGGAGCCGGCCCAACCGCAAGUCACUGAGGAGGACCCUGAAGAACGGGCUGACGGCUGAGGAGGCCAACGCCCUCGGCCUAUCAGCUGGGGAGGAGAUGCAGGUGUGAGGAGAACAGCUUCCUAUUGGACACCGAGGCACGCAGACGCUCUGAUUGGCCCUUACUUGCACUCAUCCAACCCCCUUCAGUCCACUAGGCACUAAAAGCCCAUCUCCAAUGAUUUGAUCUCCAAUGAUUUGAUCUUUGAUGAUCUGACCUUUAAUGAUUUGAUAUCUAAUGAUCAGAUCUUUAAUGAUGUCCCCUGUCUGCCGACUGGACAGUGCUCCACAUCACCCUGGUUCUGUUCGUGUCAUGGGAGGCAGACUGAUUCUCCUCUCAGGUCCUGAUAGAGAAGGUACUCCGGGGAGGAUGAGUUGCACUGGAGGAAGUCGCUGGAUCGAGGGAGUGUUGGGGAUCUGUUCAGAUGUCCAAAUAUGGGCAUCCAGUAUGAAACCAAAUUUGGGCAUCCAACAUGAACCAAAUGGGCAUCCAGUAUGAGGCAGCGAUAGGACAGGAGUUCCCUCCGAAGGCAUUCCAGGUGUGGUCAACAUGUGUCCAUGAUGUCGCAGCGGGAACACCCAUACAUGUGGAAGUCUAGCAAGGUUAAAAAUAACUGACUUACUAGAAUUUAUAGUAAUAAAUAUAAACAGAAAGCACUAACAAUUCCACAAGUUUAUAUAUAGAAAAAAAACUAUUGUCCCUAAUUGAAGCUGUUUUGCUACAUCAUCAGUUUAUCAAGUCCCGCUUUAAAAAUAAUUAACUUAUCAAUUACAGACACAAUCUAACAUUUUCCAGUAAAGAUUUCCAGUGUGUUAGACUGUUAUUUAAGACGAGCUACAGAUUUAACAGUGCCUUUCAACCACUUAUUUAUUUAAACAUUUUCAGGGAUACGGAAGCAAGAAAAUGUUAGUAAAGCAAACAGGUGGAUGGUGAGUGUUGACCUCACAAGCUGGAGUCGUCCAAUCAAGAGCCCAAAUCUAUUUACCCCAACUACCUGGACUUAAUUUGUCACAGAUGAACCAGUUCACUAUAGGUCAAUAGCUUUAAACUCUCUGCUGAUGUAGGGGUCAGCAGAUCAGCUCUUUUCAGUUGCCUUACUGUAUGGAUCAUUCUCGUUUCUCUCCACAGUAGAUUCAUAUUUUGUCUCCAUAUUAUACUUUAUAAAUUACUUUUAUGAAACGGAUCAACUGUUCUUUCAAAUAUCAUUGUUAUAAAAAGCACACAACCAAGAGCCAAAAUAUUUUUAGACACAUGAAACAGGGAGGCAAAAUGCUUACAAAUAAUCAAAUAAACCUGGAAACGCCAAGAUUGUGCUGUAAAUGUAGACAGCCCUUGGCGAUACUGUUUUUACUGUUGCGUGAAGUUCUCAUAUUGUUCAAACAGGUCACUAAUCGAUAGGCAUUCAGAAUGAUCCAUUAUAUUGACUAAGCCGCACAUCUUCAUUUCAUAGUUCUUCAGAAAUUACUGGAAGAUUUCGAGCACCUUAAAGAGAUUUUUGUAGCAUGGGACCUGUCAGAAGUGUACGACCUUUUCUCCCAUUUUACUAGUUGGGUCAAAUGGCAGACGACAGGAAGACAACCAUGUAAAGGAUUGCUGUAAAAUGAUGUAAACGUUCCUGUUCAUCUUCCAUGUGUGGCUCCUUGUGUAGAAUAGUGUAUUAUAGUCAAAAGCAGUAUUAUUCUAAGAAAUGCGUUAUUUAAGCUAAACCAAGCCCUGCAUGGUUUCUAUAAGAUGUGGGACCUCCUGCUACGCAAGGGGAGGUCUGAAUCUCAGAGGUUUUGUUUUGUCCGUCUUGUUUCUUUGUGUUUAAACUGUGCAAACUUGAAAGUUGACGAAUGCAGUGGUCAGACAGUUUCUCCGGUGGUAUUCUCCGGAAGCCUUUGAUUUGCACUCCAUGCGGCCCUAGGUCCUGCGUGUGUAUUAGCCCUACCAUCACGGAGCCCAUACACCACCAGGGACACGAGGGCAACUCCACACUCGCUCACCUCGCAUCCAAAACACAAUUGUAACGAUUACAAUAAAGAGGCUGACCUAAA